AUGCAGGACUACCAGAUCCCCUUAAUCGGAGCGAUAGUCUCGAUCUCUGCCGUCACCACGGGAGCGUACGUGCGGUACAAGAGAUGGCGAAGACAGCAGUGCCAGGGCCAGGGCCUGGGCCAGCCGCGAAGGAUCUACGGCGCAUCGCCGCGGUACGAGGCUCCCGACCUCGAGGCACAGGUCGAAGCACAGGCCAUCCAGAGAGAGGAGCAGAUCGCCCACAUCGGCGCCUGGAGCGAGCAGGCGACGACCAGCAGGCAUACACUGGACGUCGUGCACCCGGGCGGGGCCUUGGAGAUCUACCCGUCGCUGUCGAUGCUGCCGUUGUCGUCGUUGUCGUCGAUAGAGCCGUUUCCGGCAUAUGAGGAUGUCGAGGAGGGUUAUGAUGGGGAUGAGGAGGAGGGCGAUGACAACGAGGAGGACGAGUGGAUGGAGGUGUCGCCGCGAGAGCAUGCAGCCAUGACGCUCGCAUUUGAUACCGUCGCCCGUUCGGUCGUGGGCCUCUACGGCGACACCUUCCUCAACACUGAGACUGGGGUCGCCGUCCUGGCCAUCGUCGACUAG